AUGGCCAACACCUUGACACCCUUAAUGAAGAGGCAUGGCAAGCUGAGCAAUGACGUCGACUUGGCAAACGUCACAAAUCCGGCAGCCGCGGUGGCGUUGUGGCGGACCACCCUGUGUCAAUCUGUGGCUUUGACUGUGGCGUUCAUUGCACAGCGUGAUAUUUCAAGCCAGCUCAUCAUGACCACAUCAAACCUCCACCAAGAUUUGAUUCCUCGUGGUUCUUAUAUCCGCCAUGUCCCAAGAACUAAUUCACUUUUUAGGACUCCCAGGAUGAAAGCGUACGUAAUCGCACCGUUUGGCCUGAAGUCAACAACUGAUCGCUGUGCCGCUGGCUCAGUUCGAGGCAUAACCGCGAAUAUUCCCUCAGACCUAAUAUUCUCUUGGACCCGAAAUCUUUCCCUGGUAAUUCCUGCCUCUUUGCUGAGUUAUGCUUUCCUUUCGCUUCUAUCUCAUCGCUAUUUGUUCUCCUGUCGUGUCUACUAUCCUAUCAGUACCUGGCGUUCCUGAAGGAGAACUGAUAUACCUUCCAGUAACAUUAAAGGAGCUACGCUACGAUUGAGGUUUAACUCCUUCGUUUUGAAAAUGUUAAUUCAGAUGACCAUAUCGAGAUUAUUUUGGAGGCUGUCGAACUAAUUCUUCUC